AUGACACAGAAAGUCGACUUGGGCCGGAGCCUACUCCGAAUCCGAGGCUCGCAAUUGCAGCUGAGCUUGACCACAUCUGCACACUUAAACCAGUCUCCGAGCCACGGUUCUACCGCAGUAUCUCUGGGGUCAAGCUUGGAGGAUAUCUGGAUUAAAGAAGCACCCGAGCUGGACUUGCAUUUUUUCAUUGGCAGCAACUGGGGCUCGGAACAUGCGGUGGCCUCUUUCGUCUCAUGGCUGGAGCCACAACUCUGUGGUCUGGAGAUUUGGUCAGAUCUCGGCUUCUCUGCCAGGCUCAAGACGCAGGAGCGCGAAGACGGGGAUGCCAGGAAAAGCGAAAACUGUGCCCCUCUCUCCCUCAAACUUGGUUUGCGUAGAGAGCCCAGGAAAGCAAGUCACAGGAAACGUUGGACCUUGCCCGCCGUGAUGGUCGAUGCCCCCGACGCAUGUCCCCCACCUGGGAUACCGGCACUUGUUUUGACCUCCCUUGACAUCUGUCUAGAAUAUGGCUUUCAUGUUGAGAGCAUGGCCCACUCUCAGUCCUCCAAUUUUGAUAUAGAUCUUUUUGAGCAAGAUCCGUCGGUUAUCGCUGCGAUAGAAGGCCUCGACGAAACAAUGGACCACGUUAUCGCUGCAUCAGAUCCAGACGAUAUUAUGUCUCAAACAACACAAGCUGAGAAAUUUGCCCGAUUUUCGCCGCCAUCACAAAGGGAUCUUCUACGACUGUUUGAUCUUGCCCUUCAACGACUGGUCAUAUCCAACACCAUCGUUGAUUCCGCAGUUCACAUUUCAAACCAUUUCACAUUAGAAAGCUUAUCGUCCAUGAUUCCUGUGGCGUUCAAUGCGCAAUAUCGAGAAGCUAUGAACCAGCGAGUAGUGUCUAUCCCGAUCAUUACAAAAGCCAUAUCUUCCAUGAUUGAAGGAGGAGAUAACCAUUCCAUCCAACCAAACGUAGCGGAUUUGCUACGCUACAGUCAUUCAUCCCAUGCGGAUGCUGUCACGAUAAACCCGCGCCCUGUGGGUCUCAGAUCUGCAAUUGACUCCUCCCUGUGGCGUGUUGCCCAAGAGAAUCUUCACAGGCUCACACUCCCCCCAAGGCGAACAUGGGUAUUUCCCACAGAUCUGCUUCUCGAAGAAGCAACUGGGCCAGAGAAUACUACGGGCCAUUGGAUCACACAUUCUCAGCAGCCCGACAUCGAGUUUCUAAUUCCAGACAACCCUUUCAAUACACAACAGACCCACGGGGGCGACACAUGUGAUGCAUGGAUAUUGAAUGAAACCGAUCUCGAAAGUGAUUUUGACGCCCUUUCUAUAGGGGAAAACAUCGAGAUAAGCCCAGACACCGGGGACUCCACUCAAACUUCCCUGGAUAGUUCAUACUCCACAAUCACAUCUUCUCAACCUCUUCACAGGUAUGAUGAUAUGAUGUUCGGUUCCGAACAUGGUGAUGCAUCCAACCAUUCACAUGCGUUGAUGGGUGAGAAUGAUUAUUGGGAAGUUGCGGAAUACAUAGGCUCUCCCGAUUCUGAUAUUAUGCUGGAUGAUGUCUUUUAG